GGGCCCGGUGGACCUGCCUUUGCGCCCCCGAGCGUCUGGCGCUUCUGUCUCAGGUGGCGGGAAGCUGACUGUGGCGGCAGUGGCUUAUCCAGGGAGGAGAUGAACGCAUGCAGUGGGUCUCGCCCGCCCCUCAUUCCAAAGGCAGGCCCGCUGGCUGGUGAGGGGGACUGUCUGGAUUGCCCAGGAGUGGAUGCCACCCCCUCGCCUGCCCGCCCGCAGCUUCCAGGACGCUCUGCGUCUCCCCAGCCGGACAGCCCUCUGGGUGUGGACGUUCUGCUGGCUAGCAUUGCUGCACCCUGAAGUGAUGGCAUUGACAAGGGUCUGGGCCAUACCUCCGCUCUGUGUGACUAGCCUUGGCAUUCUGCUGCUGGUUUAUGCUCUCCCUGCAGAAGGACUCGCUCAAAAGCAUGGCCCAGAUAUUAUCGAUGAUGACAACAAAGACAACAUCACCAUCUUCACACGCAUCCUGGACCGGCUGCUGGAUGGAUAUGACAACCGACUGAGACCUGGGCUUGGAGAUACAGUAACUGAAGUCAAGACCAACAUUUAUGUAACAAGUUUUGGGCCCGUCUCGGACACAGACAUGGAGUACACAAUUGAUGUAUUCUUCCGGCAGUCCUGGCGAGAUGAGAGGCUAAAGUUUGACGGCCCCAUGAAGAUCCUCCCCCUCAACAACCUGCUGGCCAGCAAGAUCUGGACACCUGACACCUUUUUCCACAAUGGCAAGAAAUCGGUGGCUCACAACAUGACCACACCCAACAAGCUUCUUCGACUGGUGGACAAUGGUACCCUCCUUUACACCAUGAGAUUGACCAUUCAUGCGGAGUGUCCGAUGCACCUGGAGGACUUCCCAAUGGACGUGCAUGCCUGUCCACUGAAGUUUGGGAGCUAUGCUUACACCAAGACAGAGGUGAUCUAUACCUGGACCCAUGGGAAAGUGGAGGUGGCCGAAGAAGGCUCCCGCCUGAAUCAGUACGACCUCCUUGGCCACAAUGUGGGGAGAGACUCCAUUGAAUCCAGCACAGGAACCUACAUUGUGAUGACCACUUACUUCCACCUUAAGCGUAAGAUUGGGUAUUUUGUGAUCCAGACCUACUUACCCUGCAUCAUGACAGUCAUCCUCUCCCAAGUCUCUUUCUGGCUCAACAGAGAGAGUGUUCCAGCACGGACAGUGUUUGGAGUCACCACAGUCCUGACCAUGACCACCCUGAGCAUUAGUGCAAGAAACUCCUUGCCCAAAGUGGCAUACGCAACGGCCAUGGACUGGUUCAUGGCUGUCUGUUAUGCCUUUGUGUUCUCUGCACUGAUUGAGUUUGCUGCCGUCAACUACUUCACUAAACGCAGCUGGUCUUGGGAUGGCAAGAAGGUUCUGGAGGCCCAGGAAUUGAAGAAAAAAGAGCCCGUCAUGCUGGCAAAGAAGACCAAUAACACCUACAACAUUGUUGGCACAACGUAUGCCCUCAACAUCACCAAGGAGCCAGGCCUGCCCACCAUUGCCAAGAGCGCAUCAGCAACUACAGCCACACCUGUCACGGCUGCUGCUGCUGCUGCUGCUGCACCCCCAAAGGUGGCCCGGUUGGAAGAGAAGCCCCCUGAGAACAAGAAGACCUACAACAGUGUCAGCAAGGUAGACAAAAUGUCCCGCAUCGUCUUUCCGGUCUUGUUCACCAUUUUCAACAUGGUGUACUGGGCGACGUACGUCAACCGGGAGUCGGCUAUCAAGGGCAUGAUCCCCAAGGAAUGAAGCAAGCCCCUCGCCCCUCUUCCAUCUGUCCAUGUGGCCCAGGCAGAGGAGUCUCUGUGGGGGCUCCUUUGUCCCCCGGCUGGUUCUAUAUUAAUUUUAUCUUCUUAUUAAUUUUAUCAGCUGACUUAUUCCUUCUCCCCAUGCAAAUCAAACUGUGAUUUUUUACAAGGAUAACCCCAAGAACUUUUCAUUUGUUACUUGUUUGGUCUCUUCUAUUUCGUUGUUGUUGUGGAGGUGUGUGGAGGUAUGUGUUGAGAGGACGUAUAAUAGAAAAGUGGUGCCUCCCGUGUGGUGAGUCUGACAUCCUUCUCCCCAGAGUCCCCUGCUUGCCCCACGCCAAUGGGAGCUGGCUUCAUUCCCAGUUCAUUUCAUGCUAAAUUCUGCUGAGGAAUGCAGGGCAGUUUCUUUUUCCCUUCUAGUGACCUCUAAUGGUCUGCCCUGGUGUCUCCAGUGGUCACCUUUCUCAUCCCUUGGUGAGUUUGUCUUGGUGGUUCCUCUUCUGCUGUGCUUCUUUCCUCCAAUGAUGGGGGUGGGAAAUUGUGGCCCUUCAGAUGUUGCUGAACUGCAACUCCUAUCAGUUCCAGCAAGCAGGGAUGCUGGGAGUUGUAAUUUGGAAAUAUUGGGUGGAUUUGGGGGAUAGGGGACAGUGCACCCCAUCCUCUGAUGAUGAGGCCUCCCAGAACCAUACAGACCCCUCCUGCCCUGGGUGUCUCCUUCCCUCUGCAGUUUUUAAGCAGGGAAAAGCAACCAGACCCUCUUUCCUUUUCCAUACUCCACACAAAUGAGAAGUGACCCUGUUCUCCGUGCCUACCAGUGGGGAGGCGACUGGUGGCAACCACAAAUUAUGGGUUGCUAGUUUGCUGAGUCAAACUUUAUAAUCCCUGAACAAAAGUAAGCCUGUGGGAUGGGUUUGGAGCAUAGGAUGAGAUAUUCUUCAUUAUUUAUCCUUCCUCGUGCUCACUUGUGUGAGUUUAUCGUCUGGUUAGCAGAGUUUAAAAUUACCAUCCCUUUGUGGUAUAAAAUGUGGAAACUUCUGGGACAAGGUUGCUUAACCUUAAUAAUUGUCCAGGGUGUUCUAGCUGACUGGACCUUCCCCCUUUUAUCCCUAUAAACAAAAGAAUAACACAGAAGUCUGUCAUGUAAGAAUAAAAAUAUUGUUUACUUUCAUAAUGUCUCAGACUCGAUUCAGCAGUAAGCAGCAGUGAAAUAAGACAGGCAGAAUAUAUUUUUUCAAUUACAAAAUAAAUGGUUGAGAUAAAUAAUGGAAUCUGUUCAGGAAAGCACAGAGAAGCAUUCCUCUCUUUAGUUACGUGGUAAAGGAAAACAACAACCUGAACUUUUGGGAGGGAGUAAGUAGUAAGGAUUAUUUUCCUUUUGUUACUUUCCCCCACCUAGGAAAGCAGGCAAUAUGACUUCACAGAAUGCCCUGUCUCCAUGUGUCUUAACCCUUUGUUUGUCUAGCAACCCAUGAUUUUUUAUUUUGGCUGCAAUGCUAUUUACCACAGACUCCUCAUACCUGCUCAAGGAGAAAGAUGUUCCUGUUCUGGAGAACAAUCCCAUGGGGUGGUGAUGGCCAUCAUGGGCAGCAGAAGGAAAAGAUGCAAGGUUAUGCAAAUUUGGCCUGCAAACAGUCAGGACAGCCAUGGAGUUUGUGCAGGUUCUGUUCUCAGAAACUGGCAAGUUUAAAUAACCUUGUUUAAGAGUGAGCCUGAGCUACAGGUGCUGACAGCAGUAGGAAUAGGUUUAUCUCACUCUCUGCACUGUCUUGGCAUCCCUUGGUUUCCUUGGAGAUGCUUUCAAAACCUCUCUUUCCAAACAAUGGAUUUUGUAGUUCUGCACGGCCUGAUUCAGAGGCACUGGUGUGUUAGUUAUCUGCCAUUUUGCUGGACUUGGAUUUCUAGAUUUUGUUUUAAAAGGGAGGUGGGCAGAGUUGACCCUUCCUGCAGUUCUCAUUCUUUCAUCAUCCCCUCCCCCCACUUCCCUCUUUGGUUGUGUUCAGGGUGAGGUGCUGGGACAAAUGUUCACACUGUGCCCUAAAGGGUUUCUAGCCCCCUCAAUGGUUUGUGUGAAGGAGUGGAUUAUCAUCUGCAUUUCUACUUUCAUUCUUUGUGAAUAUAAUGCUCCCUGUGGAUUGUUACAAUAUCUUGACAUUUGGGAGCAUGAGAAAUGCUUCUUUUAAAAUGUUGUGUUGGGAUAUUACUUCAACCACCUCAUGAAAAUGGGCCUAGUUUGGAGGAAGCCAGAAGGCUAGUCAGCCUCUUCCGUCUUGGGAGGCCAAGGUUUGGGAGGGGACAGAAAUUUCUCAGCUGCUUGGUCCCUCUAAGGAACUGAACUGUUGAACAAAGAGGAGAAAUAGGAAGUCGGAGUGCUGGUCUUUGCUUGGCAGCAGUGGGCAAAUACACUGGGGGUGUUGUGUUCAUUUGCAUGUUCGUUCAGGGGGGAAGAUAUAGGUAGGGAAAGUAGAAUUCCUGGAUGCCAUGAUCCAAGUUUGGGACUAGUACUCUUUGGUGAAAGAACCCCAGCAGAGAUUUUAAAAACAUAAAGGUUGUAGACCUUUAACAUAUGCCCUUGAGAGUUCCCAAACUUCUCUCUUUCCCUAGCUUCUCACACAUUUGAGAAGCUAAAAAUGGUUUACUUACACACUCUCUAAAGGUCACAUUCAUGUGCUCAUCCACAAGGGCCAGGAGACUUGGCUUAGUUACUAAGUGGUAAAAGUUCCUAAAUUAAUCAAGAGUGGCUUGUAAGAGCCAUGCAGUCUGAGCUGCAACAACCAGCUCAGAUCUCCUCACAUGUUGAGCUUUCCUGAUAGACAGUUUACUCUAUGUUCUUAACCCCUUCAUGCAAUAAUUAGACUUAAUCAUGUUGGGUAUAUGAGGCUGGUUAUCUCACAUUGCACACACACAUAUGCACAUACCAUUGGCCUCCACAAGACUUCAUAUAUCUCAGGAAGAGAGCAGCCACUUACUCACUCACUCAUUCACAUCCUUGCCAUGAUGGGUAUCUGCUGCUGGGUGUCCUUUGUGGCAUUCAUGGAAGCAAGCCUUCUCUCUCUCUUUUUUUUUUAAAUAAUUUUUUUUAUUAAAGUUUCAAAAAAAUUUAUAACAACAAAACAA